AUGGCUACAACCGUGACAAUCUCGCAGCUGCCCGAUUGCAGUAUCCCUAUCUGGCCAAUGCAACUUGGGCGGUACACCGAAAUGGCAUGGUCAUGGACUGAAGUGCAUGGGGAUUGGACCGAGUUGGUUCACCCAUCAGGAGCCAUAUAUAACUACAAUGCGAGAAUGACAACAUACGUCGAAAUGAACUUAAGGACUUGUUCAGAUGAACGGCUCCAGAGGCUCGAGUCUUGGAUUGAAGCGUCAAGAGCCAAGCUAAACGGAAAGCAAUAUUUGCUAGUUGUGGAGCCGAUCGUAGCGAGAGAGAAGGAAAUCUAUCCAUACUAUUACGUCGUCCCAGAGAAUCAUAUCAUUACCUGGGUAGAGCCAGUGAAUGUCUACCUUCUUUUCCAGGAAUCUAUAGCAUCACACUGGAACCAUAAAAGACUCAAACUGGAGGCUCAAUAUUGGAAACAUGUUGAAUAUUUUCCUCACAAAAUCACAAUACCCCUCUUGGAAAUAAGAGCUUUGCGAAUUCAACUGAACUGGUAUCGUGUAGAGGAACUUGCAAAAUCUGAUGGGAUCAUGAAGGGACCAGGUGUCACAAUCUGUGGUCAUCAUGAAUACCUGAACCAUCAUGGCCAACCUGAAGCUCGCUUAAUACAAAUGCACUCACUGGCCGAAAAACGUAGAGACCUCGAAGAUUCUCCCUUCAUGGCUGGCGCUACAGUCAUCAUGCUUUGGAUUCCAUUAAUGGUUCUCAGACACCUUAAAAAGAUUUACGUUGAUGGCCUCGUGAAUGGGGUGGACAUUAGGAGUUUUACUGACGAUUUCAGUGCCCAGGCUAAAGCUCAAGCUACUGUGGCAAGUGUCAUCAUGGCAGUCAAUGCCAGCAUCCUUGCUGUCCCAGGUUUAGGCACACAACUCACCACAAAAACAAUGUGUAUUACCUACAAGGGAAGAUGGCCAGUCUUGCAAUCAUCGCAAGUAUACCAAGUUUUUUGUAUCUGA